CUUACCAUCCAGAUGAGCCUCCUCCAUUUUUAGGACAAUCAGCUCGGCUUUUUUUUUUCGACUACUACGAUUUUGUGUCUUUUUGACCAAUCUCUCUGCUCGGAUCAGUUCGGCGAGUGAAUUUGUUCUCGAUUAGCUGGUGUAGAUUAAUUCCUCGGAAAUUCUGUGACCUGAAUUUCUUCAUCUCAGAGUGCCCUUAAACAUACAAAAAAUGGACAGGACGGAUCUGAUCCAGAAGGCCAAGCUGGCGGAGCAGGCUGAGCGCUAUGACGACAUGGCAGACUGCAUGAGGGAGGUGACUGAGAUGGGAGGCGAGCUGUCAAACGAGGAGAGGAACCUGCUCUCUGUCGCUUACAAGAACGUGGUUGGGGCGAGGCGCUCUGCCUGGAGGGUGCUGUCCAGCAUCGGCCAGAAGACCGAUGGCAGCGAGAAGAAGCAGCAGAUGGUGAAAGAGUAUCAGCAGAAGGUGGAGACGGAGCUGCAGGAAAUCUGCAACAAUGUCCUGGUACUGCUGGAUAAUCAUUUAAUCAGUAACUCCACAAACCCAGAGAGCAAAGUAUUCUAUCUAAAGAUGAAGGGAGACUACUACAGAUACCUUGCAGAAGUUGCCUCUGGAGACACCAAGACAAAAACCAUUGAAAGCUCACAGCAAGCAUAUCAGGCUGCGUUUGACAUCAGCAAGACCGAGAUGGAGCCCACACAUCCCAUCCGCCUGGGGCUGGCACUUAACUUCUCAGUCUUCUUUUAUGAGAUCCUCAACUCCCCAGAGAAGGCCUGCGAACUGGCCAAAAAGGCGUUUGAUGAUGCUAUAGCAGAGCUGGACCAGUUACACGAAGAGUCCUACAAGGAUAGCACCCUCAUCAUGCAGCUCCUCAGAGAUAACCUCACAUUAUGGACAUCUGAUAAUGCUCCGGAGCCGGAUGAGGGCAAUGCUGGAGAGGCAGAGGCCGGGGAGACGGAGAACUAGAGUGUGCAUGCCCUAACUGUUGGGGAAACAACAAAAAUGAUUUGAAAAUUGAAAAAAA